AUGCAUCAUAAUCUCGAUGAGGUAAUAUGCCUUCUGGCCUCAAUAACCGACCGACCACCGGACCCUGAGGGGUUGAACCAAGAAGAUUCCGAAGCCAGCGACCUAGAUAGCAAGUCAGAAUCCGACUUGUAUGACGAGAGUUCCGACGAUGAUAUAGAAGAAACAACAGUUUUAGACACCAAUUCCAAAGGUGACCAAUACCUCACAGAGUUGAAGAAUCAAUUUCUCGACAGACUUGCAGAGAUAUUGGCUCGUUUCAAAACAGUUCCCAAAGCAAAGAACUCAAAAGAUGCGAAACAUGUUGCUGCUGCUAUGAUGGCCUGUCAUGAAGCAAAGGAAAGUGUGAGGAUAUUUUGUGCAAAGAAUGAGGGACUUGACCAUGAAGAUCGCAAGUUUCUCAGUGAAUGGAAGCAGCACAUGGAAAAUAUCGCGAAAAAAGAUCACCAGCGCCCACGGAUCGAGUUCUAUUUCAAGUCGCUGAAAGAGGCCCUUCAGUCCUCUGUCCAGCAAAAAAUUUCCCAGUAUGGGCCAAAUUUGCCGCUGAAAGCAGAGAACAUUCAGGCUAUUACGGCUUUGGACAGCCGUGAUUGGGAGGACCACAAUGGCCUUUUUUUUCUAUACCACUCAGCCUGCCAUCACGAGUGA